UGUCGCUGCUUUGACAGUGUGAGUCUCCUCUCUCACUCUGCGGCUGCUGCUCGCUGUCAUCAUGCAGGUGGAAUCUGCGCAACGGAGCUCCAUGUAAGACAAUCCGACCAGAACCAGCAGCCCUCCCCGGCCUGCAGUGACCACACACCGGACUCUGGACUCUGGAGAUUGGCCUGUUUUUUCUGUAACUUAAAUCUUGCAUUGCCUUGACUUUGUUGAGAUAUCUUUAAUUUCAAACCAGAUGCCAGAACAGCUGAUCUGACAUUACCCUGCAGGAGCACCAACAUGUUGUUGUGUUGAUGCUGUCAGUGUCUCUCUUAGCGCAGUCUAACUCAGCUGAAGUCGCAGAGGAUGCCACACAAUCCUUCAGGCACUGACUAUUUCCCACAAACAAGACGGACGUAAUCUUUGUCCUGCGGAUUUUGAGGAGUAAACCAGCGAAACGAUGGAUGAAGGCACCGCCACAGAGACCAUCCCGGAUCUGAAAGACAUAGAGGUGAAAAUUGGCCGGAAGACCCCCGAGGGUUUGCUCAGGUGGAUGCGGGAAGAGGCGUCCACUCUCCGGGGAGAUGCCAAGCUGAGCACCGCAUACGAUACCAGUAAGGAGACGGGGAGGAAGAGUCUGGAUGAAAAGAUCAGAAAACUGAAGAUGGAGAUGGCUCACUUGCGCUCAGUGGACGUGAAGAUCUUGCAGCAGUUGUUGGCAGUCCACGAAGGCAUUGAGGCGGUGAAAUGGCUUCUGGAGGAGCGCAGCACCCUGACAAGCCGUUGCAGCAGCCUCACAAGCAGUCAAUACAGCCUUGGUGAGGGCCCUGACACCUCCUGGAGGGGCUCCUGGAGCAGCCUGCAGGACCCCAACGACAAGCUAGACAACAUCUCCAUUGGCAGCUAUCUGGACACCCUGGCGGAUGACAUGGAUGAGUACUGCCCAUCCAGCUCAGAGUCGGUCAUCUGCUCUACCACACCACUGGUCUCAGAGGUGACUGUUGGAAGCCGCACAGGGGCCACAGUCACAGCAUCUGGGGCAGGAGCUGGGGUGAUUGUGAGGUCUGGUGCUGGUGCUGGAAGUGGGAUUAGGGUGAAUGAGAAUGGAACUGUUGUUGGAAAUGAGACAGAGGUAAAUGGUGGACUGGGGACUGGUGUGACCUGUGCUACCAAUGGAUCUGUAACAGUAAAACCAACAGUCAGCUCUCCCCAAGUCAAGUCUGAGGGCAACAAGCAAGACGCUCCAGUCUGGACCAAGACUGCAGAGACUGGCAAAGGAAGCUCAGUUUCCAAGGGCAACACCAAGACACAAGGCGCGAAGGUCAAUGGAGUCCUGGAGAAACCGAUCAUGCAAACUGGCAGCCCAGUCCGCUCCAGCCUUAACGAAAAACUGGGAACCAGCCAGAGCCCUAAACUCAAACCGUACAAAAACGGCAAGAUUGACUUGGACACUUGCAAAAUGAACGGCAAAAUGCACCUGGAGUACGAUGCGCAUUGGCGGUGGGUGCAGUCGCAGGAAGAUGUGACGUUUUUGUGAGAAGGAUUGGAGCCACAAUUGAACAGCCUCUUCAUAAAAUCAAAGACCAGAUCACUGGAUAUAUAAGAAAAGCAAACUGCUGUUGAAAAAUGCACAUAGUGAGGCUGUCCUUGUUGAACAACACUGGGUCUGAAAGACUAAAAAUACCUUUUUAUGUCCCACUGUUCCCUCCUGUGACUGCACUAACUCGCUAGAAAACAUUGAUGUCAGUAUUAAGGCGGAUGCACAUUACAGGAUCUUGACCAUAUCUAGCCAAACAGGGCUAACUCGAAACACUUAGGAUAUAUCAAUUUCAAAAUCCUGUAUUCUAGUUUUCCUCUCAGGGCCUUUCUAGGCAUUCCCUGAUUUACUCUCAUUUCAUUUCUUCUUUUCUAAAGCACAGUGAGAUGAUCAUCUAGAGAGCUAGCAUGUCUUCAGAUUGCUUGUCAAAAUAAAUAAACCAGUGUCAAUUCAAAGAUUUGAAUUAUGAUUUGACCUUUUUACCCACUUAUUCCCAUAAACUGUACAUCCUCUACUUACACCAUAAAAUCUCAGAGGCAUAACAAAGAUGUCUGACCCUCCUUAACAUGUAUUGCACUGGGAUAUCCUUAUACACCUUCAUUUGUAGAAGACCAAAAUUUCCCCGUCAACCCAUUACCCAAAUAAAAUGAACUGUAUAAACCCUUCAACCUGGAUCAUUUAACUGAAUAUUUGAGGGUGUUAUCAGUGCUACUUCAGUAUAUAUAAGGAGUAUAACACAAGUAUAAACAAGUUCCUAUCCCAAGUCCUCAAAUACCCAUGCUUCAUCAUGCCCCUGCAGUGUUACCCUUAAAUUCUGUUUUAUGCAUCCUUGGGACAGAAAGCCUUUCCGUCUCAGUUUGGUUGGGUUUACAGUCAAACUAAGACACGAUAUGAUAUGAUACGAUACGAUACAAUAUACUUCAUCAUCCACUUAGGAAAGUAAGUCCUGGACUUGAGGACUGCUUAUAUUUGGCUUCCUCCUCAGUAGUUAACAGAAAAAACAGAAACAACAACAACAAAACAUUUCUGUUGGUUAAAGAAACUUAUCAUGGAGCAAUCCAACAACCAAAUUGUGCUAGAUCAGGGGUUCCCAAAGUGGGUUCUGGACCUCUAGGGAGUCACGAGAUGCCUUCGAAUUUUUUUUUUUUUUUCAAAGAAAUCUAAAAUUGUAUAUUUCAGCCAUAAUUGUAAAAAAAAAAAGACAGAAAUAGUAAUUUAAUCUGAAAUAAAACCAUACAAAUAAAAAUUUUUCAAUAGUUAUCCACCUUUCUUUGUUACCAGAUGACUCCUAAAUUGAGAGUUAUUUAACAGUGAAUUAACAAAAGCAUCUGUAGCAGCAGGUUAAUUCAUAACUGCACAGUAAAAACAGCCACAUGUGCACGUAGGUAGGCUAAUUUCCUGCAGACCAGCUAAAUAUAGCAUGAAGCAACAUUUAAUCAAUCAAUCUAAUCUUUGGCACCUUUAUUUUGGAGGUCCCAAGCUGAAAAGUUUUGGGAACCCCUGAGAUAGAUCACCAGGAAAAAACUCUGAGUGUCUAAAAUCUUCCCAGGCUGAGUCACUUAUACAGAUGCUAGGGAGUACCUUAUGCAUCUUCAUCCAUAGCGCUGGUGUAUGAGGACUUGGGAGUUAGAACAGUUUGUUUUAAACAAGCUUGUGGUGAAUUUUGUGGGCAUGUUUGUCUCUGAACUCGUAGCUACAUGAACAAAAAAGUAGAGGAUGUGAAAAUAGAAGAGCGUAAUGAGAUCACUAAAAGUUCCCCAUAUUGAGAAAUAAUGUACUCACUGUUAGCCUUUAUGUCUUUGUGGAGCUAAUAUCUUCAGUGCUUAACCAACCCUCUGCAAUAUUGUAUAUUCACUGAAUUGCAAUACAGCUAGUUUGUGAAUCAGGUACUAAUUGUGACUGGAUGUAAGCAAAUAUUGAAAUGGCUUUUUUUUUCCUUUUUAAACCAUUAUAGUAAUGUGUUUAACAAACAAAUGUUGUGCCUGGUUGGUGUAAACCUUAACUAAAAAUGCCUGAAUGUUUCCUUCUAAAAUGAAUGCACUGUUGAUAGGAUAAUCUGAGUUUUUGAAGUGGUUUUGUUUGUUUUAUUUUUGGCUCCUGCCGGCCUCUGCUUGCGUGUACAAAUGGCUAGACCAACAGUCUGUGUGUGAGUGUUGACUUUAAAAGUGUUAUGUUGGCUGGGUUGAAUAUUGCAUGCCCUGUGCUGAGAGCUUUAUUGGUUAAAAUCAUGACAAAUGCGUGAAAGACCCAAUACAAUCAGAGAAGAAAAGCAAUAUUUCUUGAAUCCUCUCUACCAGCUUACAUAAGCAGCGUCUGCUCAGCAAAUGAAAUCAAAUAUUAUUGUGUGUUCUACAGGAUGUUCCAAGACUACUGACAGGAAGAGAAUGUGUGUGUGUGUGUGUGUGUGUGUGUGUGUGUGUGUGUGUGUGUGUGUGUGUGUGUGUGUGUGUGUGUGUGUGUGUGUGUGUGUGUGUGUGUGUGUGUGUGUGUGUGUGUGUUAGAGACAGAUGCUGACUACCUGCCUGAGCACAGCUGGCCUGUCAGAUUUGGAUAAGAAUAGAUGAGUCCCAAAGGUUUUGAAGUGUUUUCAGCUCAUUCAUCACAGUGUUACUCCAUCGACCAGUCUGCAGCCAGAAAUAUUAAUGUUGAAACACUUUUGAUAAAAGAAGUGGAACAUAUUACAUAAUCAGUGUUACUUUCUAUGCUGCAGUCUCCUCUCUCUCUCCCGUAUGUCCUUCUGAAAAAAGGUGUAUCUGAUGAAUAACUGUUCUUCUGAAACCUCCUCCAAUAAUUGCAGAGCUCAAAAUCAGAUCAUUUUUUCACAAACACUGUCCUUUAAGUGCUGGGAAAUCUUUAAAAUGUUCCAAAACUAGUGCCAAUACAAGUCACGAUGCUCAAAAUUUCUCCCAAGACAUUUUUUUAUAUGUGAUAUUAACACCUUUCAGUCAGUACCAGUUCCUUCUUAUUUCAUUCAUAACCUCCAGUUGACCGUCCAAGCCCUAACCCCUUUUGUUUGUGUCUCUAUAACUGUCAAGCUUUCGUUCUCACAUAGCACAUGUCUGGAGCUAAUGAGGACAGCUUUGAAAUACUCACUCGUUAAAUAACAAGUUGGGAACCUAAAGCAUGAUCGACAAAUGAGAGUUGAAUUUAUAGACAGCAUGAAAACUAUACAUGGCAGGUUCCAAUAGCUACACAAGCUUUCUUGUUUCGUUAAAAGCAGAAAAGGGAAGAAGGGAGCUAAUUUAACAUCCAAAUCAAAUCAUCAGUUAGCAUCUAACACACGUUUGGCAAGACAUGAUUUAGUUACGGAUGUCCAGAUCAGCUGUUUUGACCCCUGAUCACAAUCAGAUUUUUUUAUCUUGGGUAUCAGCCGAUUUUUUUUGCUGGGGUCCUCAAUAUCAGUUAUUAUAUUUCAUUCAUUAUGAAGCUAAAAUACUUAUAUAGUUCAAAAGGUGCAUCAUUUACUGGACUUGUCUUUCUUGCUAGCUUGGAUUCACCCAUGUCUUAACUGCGCACAGUGGCUCAGUCUCAACUGGGCAGAGGCAUCAGUCCACAGCUUCUAAUAGAGUGCUUUUCAUCUCUAUCUUAAACUGUUUCCCCUUUCUAGCUUUAAAUACUCAGACGCUGCUGAUGUUUCAUUAACAGGGUUGGUAAUAACAAGCUUCUCACUUGCCGCAAAUUGUGCUAAAUUUUCAUCAGAUGAUGUAAAUGACUAGGCUGAGACGAUUGGCUCAAGUUCCCGAUCCCAAAUCAGUAAAAAAAUGCCCAGAUUAGCUCAGACCCAAUAGUCCAGUAUAGGAUUGGGACAUCCUAAAAUGUAGUAGUUGCGGUAACUAUUUGUUUGUAAUAUGAUCUACAUUGCUGGCUUGUUUUCAACCAAAACAUUAAAAAUCAGCAGCAGCCAUCUUGGUAGUAUACAAAAACACUUCCAACAGUGAGCUUCUGCACAGUUAGGAGUGGAAUGAAACCGAACCUUCCUUAGACAAACACUUGUGACUGGCCUUGCCUGUUUCGCAGUAUCAAAAAAAAAUUGUUCUGAAAAACUGCAGCAUUAUCCAGCAGUGUCUACUGGCUCAGACCAGAACAGAGCUUCUAAUGUUAGCUUUAACUCUGAUAGCAUCUGGGAUGGGAUGCUUCGCAGAGAGCAUUUAAAUUUGAUGUGCAACCAGCUGCCUGAAGCUGUUGCUUUGCCUUGGAAGAACUUCUUAGCUAGUUAGCUAUGCAUGCGAGCGAUUGUUUGGAGCAUGAAUGGAUUACCUACUGUACACUGUGUAAUCCUGGCUUUACACGUUUAUCCUAAUUGGUUGUAUUACAGCUCAUUGUAAACAGCUUCAACAUGUGGAGAGACCAUAAGCUUGACAGGACUGCUGUCGCUAAGUCAGAAGCAGAUUUAGCGAACAGUUAACUAAUGGAUUAGCUCCCUUUCACUACAGAGUAAUCUACCUGUAACUAUCUGUUAACAUGUUUGGUUUGGAAAAACCUACAGAUAUGCCAAUCAUCAAUCAAUAAUCAAUAAUUCAUGCUAUGUCUAACUAUGAAGAAAUGCUGUCUUAUUAGGCAGCUACAGUAAGAUGUUAAACUCAGCAUCUUCAUUCAUUUGAGCCACUGAAGUGUUUCCUGCCUUCUUUUCAUCCUUCUUUCCGUCACCACUCUGGUUGGAUGAAAAUGUUCCUCCGUUGCCAACACACUCAUCAUGCACACACAAUGCCCUCUCAUUGGAGACAGCACCAUAAAGCCGGCACCACAGAAGUGACUGUAGGCCAGUCUUGGAGACGGACUAGGAAAAAGUGCUCAAACUGGAUCAUGUACUCUUGGACAAGUUGUAACAUUUUUAAAGAUCUAUCUCCCCAUCUUUUGCUUUCCCUCUAAAUCUCACAAAAAGAGAUGAACAAGUAUGUCAACCAGUGCAUAUCAUCCAGCAACAGUACAGACAUGAAGUCAUUUGAUACCUCUCCUUUUUUGACAUAUGUGUUGGCUGCAAAGCAACACUUCGUGCCAAAGAGACUGUCUGCUCUGCUAGUUUGUGGUUUUCUUUCCCAAAUUUUCACAGAGCCAUAUGGAAAAAAGCCCUGCGUUUUACUGCAGGGAACAGACCUGUAAAACACAUUACAUUAAGCUAUAUUGUGUCUCUCUAAAGCUAAACUGUAGCUUAAUGCAGUAAUGUGUUUUCACUGGGUGCAUACAGUUUAAAAUUGGAACAUAAACAUUGUUUAAAACCACUAACUGGCAGAGAUUUAAUGAGUGCUGACAGCCUAGGUGCCAGGAGAAAAUCGCCUGUGGCCUCAUUGUUUAUGAAAAAAGGGCAAUAACUUCUGUGCGCACAGAGAAGAAUGGACACGUUAUAAACUGGCAAGCUUGUACAAAAUACCUGAAAGCCUCUCAUUGCUUUGCAGGCUUUAUUUUAGCCGCUAUGAAGGUUGACACAAUCCUGAAAUCCUUCUGUCCUGCCCUCUUAUGAUGUCCAGGAUUUAUCACAUGCCCGGUGCGUGAAGUGUUUGCCUUCGCUUCAGGUGCCAGGAACCCUCCCGGCUAUUCUGGGCACAAGACAAACAGCAUGAUUACAUAGAUGAGUGGAUACCCACACGGUUGCCAUGACGAUGAGACCCAACUGGCCUUCGGCUCUGGUGGCAACAUAAAACAAUGUUUAGUGCAGAGCCAUUGGCCGUAUUAGCGGGUCUGUUUGAAUGUCAGCAGGUGAGAUGAAAGAAAUGAGAGGAGGGGAGAUAAGAGGUGCUAUGCCAUUUUUUUUAAAGAGGGGGUAUUAUGCUAACUAUGCUAUGCUUAUACUACUUUAUAAGGUUUUAUAUUAAUCGCCUGGUAGCCUUGUAGAAGCUUUACAUUGUUUACAGCUCAAACAACUCUUACUUAUCAUCUGUCCUCUUUGAAACACUUCAUUUCAGUUACUGUCUUUUUAAGGCCUCCCAAGCAUUCCAGAACCCAGCAUUCUAGAAGCCUCCUUCACUGUUGCCUAUAAAAAGUUGCGUUUCUUCUUUUUAAAAUGACAAAUUAGCCUUUUUAAGCAGAUUCGUCGACUGCUGAUGUCACGAUUUGAGCAAAUCUCAUGUCAAUCUCACCGAAUUCUGGUUUGACUUUUUGAACAAGCUGUUCAGAGCAGCUGUCUCAUUCUGGAUUACUCUGGGAUAACUCUUUGCAUGUUCACCUUUACUACUGAACUUUGCCCAAGUUCAGCAUUGGCAACCAACAUAACUUAAUGUGAUUUUUUAAAAUAUAAAAAAACAUAAUACCACCUCUUUAACCACCUCUAAGGAUAUGUGUAAUAAGUCAAAUAUACAUGUUAACUGCUUCCCAUGUUAAAGGCGCACUUUACAAAAGUGUUUUUCAGCUUUGGUUUACUAUGGUUUACCUUUAAUUCACUUACAACUGCUGACUUUAAGGAUAUGAGAAAGCUUACAAUUCCAUGUUUAAGUAAUCUGACUGUGAAUGAAUUACUGCACAACAGGAUGAAAACCAAUAAAUGGGACAUCUUGGAGGCCUUUAAAACAAAACAAGUGAAAGUAUAAUGCUAGUUCUACUAAUACUAGUUCUACAGUAACUGAUGCACAAAGAAUUGGUUAAAGAUCUUUUGGCCGUUAACAAAGCUGCUCCCACUACAAUUAAAAAUUUGGAGGCACAAUCAGCUAAUACAUGAAAGUCAUGCAAGAUGACUGGGGGAAAGUGAAUGAAUGUCUGCUGCAACAAAGGAACCUAGACGUCCAAUUCCUAAAUAUUGCUUCAAGGUUAACUGAAUGAUGAAAUACAAAUCAAAUAUCUUAUACCUUAGAUGCACAACAUGAGAUGAAAAAAACAAUCCAGAGUUUAAAAUGACCUCCAAAUGUACAUCAAUCUUGUCCAGUUUUUAAUACAAAACACCAAAUUUCAAUGUCCCCAUUGACUUCUAACAAUGUCAUUGUCUUAUUAAUCAAAGGCUAAAUUUUCCACUACCACACAGAGACAAUUUGGGCUUCAAUCAUGUUAUCAAUGAGAUGUAAGAAACGCUCAGGGGAAUUCAUAAACUGUGGGAAGUUCUUCAGAGGCAAGUUACUCUGUGAUAAAAAAAAACAACAAUUAUUUGAAGUUAGUUUAAUGACAUUCCUCAACAUCUGAGGGGAUCAAAGUUUUAGGGAAAGUAUUUCUUGUCACCAUUAGUAAACAGCUCAGCCACCCACUCCAUGAAGCAUCUUAAGCAAGUCUAACUUUCUUAGAGAAACUUAAACACUGUCAGACUGGUUGUGUCUCCAUGGAGGCAGAAUGGAGGGAUAAACAGUGAGCCGAGCAGCACAGCAUGCAGCUAAGAGGAAGCUUCCUCCCCCGGUGUCCUACUGUUUUCUUCCUUCCUCUUCUACAUACACAAACACACACACACAAGCACAACUAAACCCGGGACUGACGUAGGUCUCUUGGUACCUGACAGCUCCUCAAAGAGAGCCACUAAGCUUUUUCUCUCCUUGAAACUUAUUCAUUCUUUAUCCCUUUUGUCAUCGUCCCAAAAUGCUCAAAGAAAUGGGAGUGAACUGAAAUAAACCCCACUGAGUGCACACUGGGCUCUGAACCUGGUCCAAAUUUUUACUGAGGCAACAACGAUCCUAAAGGAUCGAAAGAUAAAAGCCACCGACUGCAGUUCACUGGAUCAGUCAAAUCAAUAUCUUGCUUGAGUGAGUGGAACUGCUUUUAUUUCCAUGGUACCAUGCUUUUCUAUGAUUUUGUCAUGCAGUGUGUCCAGAGAAAAAAAAUAUUUUUUUCUUUGUUAAGUGGAAAGGUUCACGAAAUAACUGAUUGUUUAUUGAUGUGCAGAAAAAUAUUAUGCAGUAUGUAAAUUAUACAAGCUUAUCCAAUGAUUAAAGAUAUUUUAAAUGUU